AUGAAAAAUAAUCACAUCUUACAAUUUAAGAGGAGAAGCCUAUUUCCUAAGGUUUAUAAGGAAAGACUAAAAAGAAGUAGUUAGAUUGCUGCUCUAAAAUUUAGUAGCAAAAGAUGAAAGUUAGAGAAAGAUUUAGAAAAUUUAAGAUAGGAAAAUGAAAUAUUAAGAAGAUUGAAUACAUGAAAAUAUCAUAUUAUUAUUAGACACAUUUGAAACUGCAAGAGAAUUUUGUUUAGAAACAGAAGUAAUCUUUUUUAGAGAAUAUUAUUUAGUUUGGAUAGGUGUAUUAUUUGAAAUUUUUGAAAAUUAUUGCGAAAUAUCAGAGAACUAAUUUAGAAUCAUAGCUUAAUAAUUACUCAGAGUAUUACAUUAUCUAAAUUCCAAUUGAAUAAUUUAUAAAGACAUGAAACCAUAAAAUAUAUUAAAUUCUGCAGAUCUAAUAGUUAAAGUAAUUGAUUUUGGGUUUGCUAGAGCUAUGUCUUCAAAAAGUUCUUUAUUCAAGCAAAGGAAUUUCUUUUUAUAUGCAAAAGAAUUAGUCUAAAAAUAAUCAUAAAGUUGAUUUAUGGUCUUUGGAAGUCAUACUUUAUGGACUAUUUGUUGAACUGCCUUCUUUUUAGGCUUUUCAAAUCUACUCUCUAAUCUAGAUUAUUAUCAUAGAUCCAAUAAAAUAUCCAAAAAAUAUGAGUUAAGAAUUUAUAAAUUUCUUAACAAGAUUACUAAAUAUGACACCCUCAUAUAGGUUGGGUAGAAUCAUAUUAGAUCACAUUUAUGCUAUAGAGAAUUGGUUGAACAUAAUUUGGCUAAUGAAAUUAAAAAGCUUACCAAAAAAAGUUUAAUUAUCCAUAAAUUAACAACUUAAUUCAACCAAUAAAUGA